CGUGUCGGCUCUCAGUACCGUGAUUGUGGAAAAUGAUUUCCGAAUUUUCUUUAAUACAUUUUAAAAUGACCGUUUUAUAUUUUCGUCGUCCGAACCCUGUUACUUUUUUGCUGUGUUUCUAUUUACUUAAUUGGUGUUAUAAAUAGUGUCGAAACUUUUAAUGCACAAGGACCUUAAUUUUUUUUAAAUCUUGAUUCAUUUAAUUCUUUUAAACAUUUUUUAAAAUACUAAAAAUGUGUCAAAUACACAUAGUGCCAGUUCGAGUGAAGACAUUAAGAUCCAUUGCCGACGGUUUGUUGCCGGUUGUGAAAUGGAAAGAUAGUUUGGACUUCGAACUUCAAGACGCAGGCCCGUCGGACCCCUUGGAAUCGUUGGAACCUUUGGAACCAUUGGAAUCUUUGAAACCAUUGGAACCGUUGGAACUUUUGGAACCUUUGGAACCAUUGGUACCAUUGGAACCAUUGGAACCAUUGGAACCAUUGGAAACAUUGGAACCAUUGGAACCAUUGGAACCAUUGGAACCAUUGGAACCAUUGGAACCAUUGGAACCAUUGGAUCCAUUGGAAACAUUGGACCCAUUGGACUGCUUGAUUCCACCCGAAGUCGAAGACGAAGAUAGCUUUUUCGAUGAAACGCCGCCGGAACUUCAGCUCGCGCUGACCAAGACCGCGGAACCAAGCACGAUGAAUUCAAGCGAAGAUGAACCCUCGUCUAGUUUAAACGGAAGACUAAGGCCCAGAAGGUCUAUCGCGUCUAGUCCUCCAACUAAAAUAGCUCGUAAAGGUGACGGUAAACCCUUACAGGAAAAAUCCAAGAAGACAAGCACUUCCUCCAAACCUUCACCGAGCAAUCAAGAUGAUCUCAAACUUUCUCCUCCCACCUCAAACUAUCUCUGUCCAUACUGCGAUAAAAAGUUUGCUUCCAAACAAACUGUCUCAAAACAUGCACGUCGUAUUCACCUAUUCUCUUCUAAACAAGAUGCAUUCAUUGAAUGUCUCUUCUGUAAUCAUUCCGAAGCAGAAUCAAGCGAUAUUAUUCGACACAUGGUGAAUAACCACCCUAAUCAAUAUUUCGCAUGUCUUGAUUGCAAUAAUAGAUUUUCAUCGACUACUGAACUUGCUGAACAUAAAACUAAUGUCUGCGAAAAGCAUAAACCGGCUUAUCGUAAUAAACUUCGUCAAAAAUCUUUAUCAGGUGUUUUUACACCUGAUAAAGAGAAAAUAAACGUUGUUGACAGAGGUUUCCAUGACAACGCCAAGGAAUAUCUCACCGACUCUGAUUUCAAUGGUAUAGUUAUAUCGUGCGAACUGAAACCUUCACAAGCUGAUGAUGCGGCUGAUAUUGAAGAUAACAUAACAACAAACCUAAUACUGCCAACUAAUAAAAAUAUUAAUCCAAAAACUAUAGGUAAAACAGUACUUGAAAAAAACGCUGUUAUUGUAUUGGAUGACAUUCACUGGAAUAAGAGGAUACCCACCAAUUUUUCAUUUCACAAUACUGACGCUGAUCAAAUAUUAUCCAGAUUGGGUGUUAUUCACAGAUCACCACGUACUGGAGAAUCCACAAAAAAAGAUUGGUCCAAAACUUCGGAUGAACCUGAACAUAGAUUUGAAAAGUGCUUUGAAACCGACUUCUACUCCAAGGUUGCUAGCAAUGUUCACGAAAAUAUGACAAAAUUUCUAGAUGGCUCAUUCAACUUCAAUUCUGACCCCAUAAGCGCCAUUAAGACAAGGAAAGCAAAAAAUAGUGUCGUCAUCAACACUGCAGAAGGAUUUCCAAUAUUGCUUGCAUUCGAACAAUACUGUCGUAAUAUUUUUGAUGGACAUCUACCUCGUUCUAUAGCUUCGAAACAUAAAUGGAAAUGGGAUAACAUAGAACAGGAUAAAACGAUACCAAAUGUUAAUCAAAUUAAGCGUGACUCGCACACCAAUAAUUGCAUAAUAACUUUGAUCUCUAGUUUGGAUAUUUGGACGCAACUGCGAAUGCGUAGUAAAUAUGAAGAGAGGUUCAAUAACACUCCCAUAGAAAAGAAGAUUGAGAAGCGAAAUAUUAUUGGAAGAGAGUUAAAAGAGAUCCUUGAAAGUAGGGAAAUACCAGUUCCAUCUUCACAGAUUGUUAAGUAUACGGAUAGACCUGCUGUAACAGAAGAAGGGUUAGACUUCCCCGCUUCGUUAGGAUUAACGCCGUCAGCUCCCCGUUAUGACUUGCAACCCGCUGUAUUAAGUGGAGAAUGGGUUCGCCCAAGAUGUUAUGUAUGUUGUGCUUGUGGUGCUCAGACACGCGAUGCCCGUGCUUUAUCUUCUCACAACACUACUCAACAUCCUAACGCCCAAGUGCAACACUAUGAAAUAGUGGGGGAGCCACUUUUGAAUGCUGAUAUUUGGAAGCAUCUUUAUGUGCCCCCAAGUCAAUUGAAUAACAGAACAAGACCCCUAAGAGGCUUCAGAGAUUGUACAAAAUGUAAGAAACCUAUUGGUCUUGAAGAGUUACACCAACACAUGUUGGACUGUGCUGGUGAUACACCAACUGUACGUAGAAAGUGCAGAUAUCGUCCGUUUGGUGUUCGACGACGCCGUCCACGGCUUCCUGAUAAUACCAUCCGUAAAAAAAUCAGGAAGGACAUCAGGAACAGACAAUCCCAAAAGGGUCAUAUGAUGUCAAGACCGAAAAUCAGGUCCGAGGUUGGCGACGCUGAAACAAUAAGAAAAAUGCUAGCAGAUUUGCCAGCUAAACGUCAUCGUGUUAUUGUGAAUCCAACUUCGAAUUUACGUCCACGCAGAAAAAUUGGUAAGCAGCGACAAAAAAUGAUAAUGAAGAAACGUACUUCUAACAACACAAGAAGUCGUAGACUACGAGUCAAAGCAGUGAAAACACCCAAUGACACUGAAACUGAUACCGGAGACGAAGAGCAAAGCAAUGAUGAAAAAAAUUACAAAGAUCAAGAAGCCAACAAAUCUUUAGAUACCACAUUUGCUAAUAAUAUAGAUAACAGUUCUCUAAACGAUUCCUCCGAUGGAAAAGAAAUGUUAGCCAAAGAAACUGAACAAUUAAAUACUGAAAAUCAGGAAACUCAAGGAAGUCCUGUAGAUGGUGCUGAAAACAGUGACCGUCAACAACAAUCGCAAGGUAAUAAAUCUCAAAAUUCUGAUAACAGUGGGGGAUCCGGUAUUUCCAGAGAAAAUUCCACAAAACGUGAUGGUUCAAAUGAAGGAAAUCAACAAUCCGGUGGUAGUAGAGAAAGUGACGAUUUUAACAAUCAACCUCCCCCUCCACAACAAAUUCCUUUGAAACAUUCCAUAGCUCGACUUACAGCUAACUCUGAAACCCAGGAUAAAGCUGUCCAGUUCCAUGAAAUGUUUUUAGUUCAGCAGGAAUGUAAUAAUUUGACCACACAACAUGUACCAACUGGCCAACAUUUGUUAUUUGAAAACGAGGCCGUAGUGACUAAGCUAGAUAAACCGCCUUUGCAUUUUCAGAAAGGCGCUUUAGAUCAGUACGCGUAUCAAAAAACAAAAUGUACCAAACCAAGAAAAGGCUUAAAUGAUUGCAUAUCAAUGUUGAUAAACAAAGUAUCAGAAGCCGCUAAAAAAGAAAAAGCUAAAAAUCAAUCAGUGUCCGUACAGUGCGGAACAGAUGAAGCUCUGGAAAAUCAGCCAAAUUUACCAGAUCAUGUUGAAAUUGACCCAACAAUAAAUAUGACACCAGCACAAGUCUUUUUUAGACCUUUACCGUUGCUUGAAGGUUCUGAAGGCAACUAUGGAAAUAUCACUCAACGCCUAUGUUCAGAAAAUAGUCUUGGUACCGAACUACAUAAUGGAAAACUUGUCAAAACAAAUGUGGUUAAAGAAAUCUUUAAUUCUGCCCACUAUACUCCUAUAAAUAGCCUCUUAAGUGAUGAAAGCUCCAAAACACAUCAAGAUUCAAGUUUGCUGUAUACCCGUGUCGAUAAAUCUAAUGAGGAAGGACCGCGACAUUAUAAUCUACUGGGUAUACCAUCUCAAAUUGAAGUUAUACCACAAGAUAGCAUAGAUGCACAGAAAAAGAAAGCCAAAGUACUAAGUGAGAAGAAAGAUAAGCUAGAAAUCUUAAUUUUAAAACAAAAAGAGACCGAGUGCUCCGUUAUCCAAUCCAAGGUGCCGAACACUAUGCAAGAACAGGAAAAGUUGGCUGAAAGUUUAUCUGAAACAGCAUCUCCUCUCGUUACUCAAAGAUUGCCAGAUAUAAAAACUACAUCACAAAAAGAAAAUGAUAAAGUUAUUCAUAAACAGAAAACUAUUACGCCUACACUACACGAAGAAAAGGGAGAAAAUAACACAGAUCAAUUUGCGAAUUUAGAGUUUCAAAAGAACAGUAAACCAAUUGAAGAUCAACCUGAACUCUAUUACCAUACCGACAGUCAUGAACUUCCAAAUCGAAAUCGUUCUAUUUCAGGAAAAUCCUCUGAAGAUGUAACAGAUACACAAUCUAUUCUAAAUUCAUCUAAGACUUUCAAUGACAGUAAUCUUUGCAAAGAGGUGAUUGACGAACACCGAAAUCAAUCAAAUGUAAUAGUAACUGAAGCUUACAGGGAAAAUAAUUAUACUAAUGACUUUCAGUGCAAUUUACCACCCCCGGCUCAUGCUAAUACAAAUUUUGAUUCCAUUUUGACGUCGCCUUUAGAUUUAUCUGGAAAGACCAAAGUCAUGCAAUGCUGUAAAAAUUUUACCGAAGAUCAAAACGUGUACUAUCGGAAUAGUUACGAUUCUUAUGAGACUCUCGAUUUGUCGAAUAAAAGUACAGAGUCAUCAAGAAAGAGCCUAAUGGAAGAUAGCAUAACUGACAUUGUUGUAGACUUAAGUGUCAAAAGUUUGAAUACGUUAGUAUCACGUCAAUCAUUAGGUAUGUGUGGAAAGACAAUGGUAAACGAGAUGGAAAAUAUCUCUGAUUCUAUUGAAAAUGAAUAUGAUGGUCCAAAAGAUCUGUCCAUCAGUGGAAGAUUCAGAGAAAAUUUUAUUGAUAAUAGGAGUGGUGACUAUGAAGUCCAAGAUUUAUCACAGAGAUUAAACUUACAGGAAGAACACGGACAUUUUGCUAUAUCAACAGACGUACAGAAAGAUUUAUAUUUGAAACAAUCAACUAAACAAAACUCCCAUACUUCUAACGAAUCGAUUCUACGAUCAACAUUUGAUCAAAUUCAAAGUGAACCAGCAGACUUGUCAACAAAAACCAACACUGAGAAAUCAAGUCAGUACACUUUUGAACCACAAAAUCAAUUUAGUAGGGAAUCUUCGGUGAACAUAUUUGAAAUAAAUAACUAUAAUACUGACGACGUAUCAAAUUCAGUAUUGUCACACAGAGAUAGAUAUUCGGAGUCCAGACCUGUUAUCUCUACUUUUGAGUGUGACAGAAAUUCAGAGAAUGAAGACUCGCCAGUACCUGAUCCGUGUUAUUCUGAAAACAUAAAUGUUGCUACAAGUCCUUUAACUAUUGGUAGCAUGUGCACUAAGGAUUGCUCACCAAUGACAUGCGAAUACGCUUCCUCCGAGAUGCGAUCGGAAUACCAUGAAAAUUUUUUGCAAGACAAGGAAGUAUUCAACAACACCGUUUUACCAAAUUUUUCAGCUUCCUCUGAAUUGGCUAGAAUGCCCAUAUAUACGCUAUCAAAAUCUGCCUCGGCUACAACUGCAGGGAAGCCAGAAUGUACCAAGCCCGUAUAUACUUUAGGAAACUCUUGUAUAUCUGUAACUAAAAUAGACACGACGUUUUCAUCAACCCUGACUAGCAGUCUUUUAAGUCUACCUGGCUCAACAAUUGCUAGUACAACACCCGUAUAUACAUUAGCAGGCACAACGGUUGGCAGUCACCUCAAUUAUGGUACAAUUCCAGAAAAAAUCAUUGAAACAAAUAAGAAUAAACAGAACUCACCAACUAAUUGCGAUAUUUGUGUUAAAGUUCCGAAAAAUUUACAAUCAGAUUGUGAGGUUUGUAUUAAAGCACUGAAAAGCAACUUACAGUCCGAUUGCGGUACUUGUUUUCAAGCUUCGAAAAGUAUCUUACAGUCCACUUGUGAUGCUUGCGUUAACGACAGCGAAAAACAUGAGUUAUCUUCCAAAACUGAAAAUCACAAAUCAUAUAAAGAUUAUGAAAAUAAAAGAAAACGAAAGCACUCCUCUUCUUCUUCUGGUCAAGUUGAAAAGGAUCCCGAAACCGCGAAGAAAAUAUCUAUGUUACCUAAAGAAUUAGUUGAAAUUAUUGGCACGAUGCCCCGGGGACACCGUGAUCAAUUACUCAAUGUAUUACCUCAGUACGUCACUAAUUCAACAGGGAAUUCUAUUUCACAUUCUGGAAGGAUAACAAAGGAUCAAACAUCUGUGACUCCUAGAAAACAAAGAAAUUCGUCUGAUGCCAUUGGUCCUUUAGCAAUAUCUGAAUAUCAAUACUCCUCUAAUGUCGGACUUACGAUUGCGCAGAAUAUUUGCCCAAGUAUGGCAUAUGGAUUCUAUAGAGUACCACGUCUUAUACCACCUCCACCGCCACCAGGUGUGCCACCACCAAGCUUACCGCAGGCAAGCGUUUCUUUACUUCCUCCACCUCCACCUCCACCUCCUCUUCCACCCACAACAGGUCCUCAUACUUUUAUUCCUCCGCUCCCUCCAACUACGACGGGACCUCAUACUCUUCUACCCCCUCCUCUUCCACUAAAAACAGUUCCUCGUACUAUUCUCCCUCCGCCUCCUCCACCACCGCCUCCAGAAAAAAUAUUUCCUCCACUUCCACGGACGUUGCCGCCUCCACCGCCACCACCACCAUUACCACCUCCGCUUCCACCUCCAUUACCUCCAGCCUUACCGUCUACAAACCAUUCUAAAAAAACCGAUUCUCACCAAGCUGAAUCUGGUAAGGGAAAAUUCCAUGAAUCUGAUAAGGGAAAAUUCCAAAAGGACCUCCAAUUGAAAAAACAAAUGUUGCGAAAUAUCGAAGUCAAAGUCAUUGAUUUGACAACAGAUGAAAAUGACACAAAAGAUAACGAACAAAAAUUAUGUUCAAUUCCAAAUCAAGCACCACCACGUGAAAAUAAUGAACCAAGUAAACAAAACAAACAAAAAGAUCAAACUGCUAGUUUGAGGGCUGUACGUAUCAAGACUGCAUCAGAGAGACACAAAGUAAAAGAUACUCAGAGUACAUCAAAUAAAACCGAACAACCGGCAGCAGUCGUUUCUGUAGACAUUAUAACUAUCAGUGAUAAAGAUGAAUAUGAGGAUCUAACGGAUUUAGAGAAAUCGUUAGCUAUACAACAGUCAGAAAUUAGUAGCACUCAGCAUAAUAAAAAUGCGGCUGCAUCUAAAACAGUUCCUAUCGUACCAACGACCCUUGAAGCAAGUAAAAAUGUGCCAAGUAAAAAUGAAAAUAAUAUAGCAGCUAUGAAUACUCUAGAAGUGGCAGUUAAGCAAAAUGAAAACAUUCAUACUCAGAGUUCAGUUAAAUCAAUAGAACAAGAUAAAGUUAAUAUUAUUAAUAAUGAUGAAAACACCAAAGACGGUAAGUCUCAAGGUCAAUGUCUAGUUGAAGAUUCAAAAUUACAAUGCAUAAUAAAAACGGUAGAUGAUACAAAAAAGGAUUCUAAUGAACUAUCUGCAUCUGAUACUCUUUGCCGUGAAAAAUUAAAUGAUAUUCUUAAAUCUGAAAUAACAGACGAUAGCAAAUUGGAAAUGAAUAUUAAUGAAGAUUCAGAGGAUGAUGUCACAUUAGAUGUGAUAUUUAAGGAAAAGCAUAGAGAACAACACACCCUAUUAACUAACAAGCGCGUAGAAGAACAUACACAUGAAAAUAUCACGCGCAUAACUGCUAGAAACUAUCAGAGUAUGAAUACAGUGGACAAAGAUCUUGAAAAUAGGAAUAAGGGUGAAAAUUUAAAGGAACAGUCCAAAAAUUUAUGUACUGAAAAAGAAUCUAGUUUAUAUGAUGAGAAUGUACGAACUAAAAUUGAAAACGUAAAAGAUGACAUAAACUAUGAUUACAUUGAAAACAACGAAUCUGAAUAUUACCCUGAAGAUGUUAGAUCAGAAUGUGAAAAGAGCAAAGAAAUUCAAAAUACCUUCGUUUACACACAGAGUGCUGCUCAAGCUGACAUUAAAAUUUGUAUAAAUGACAAUAAGGCACUGUCUGAAAAUCAUACAGAAGAUCAAAUAGAAAAUAUUCCGUCACAAGAGAAGUUCAACAUUAUCAAUCAGAAUGCUACUCUCCAAAGUUGCCAAAUAUAUGAUCCUAAUAUAUUAAAAACCGCAAACGUUGAAGAAACUGAAAGAAAAUUAGGCAACUUUUCACCUGAAAUGAAUUCCGACAGAAUCGUGAAACCACCAAACGUAUCUACCGUAAAAGAUCUGAGUGAUGUCGAUAUGGUAGAAAACAUAGAUAAUCUUGUUCCUUCAGAACCUGAACAUCAGAACAAUGUAACAUUUACUGAGCCUUUCACGUCCGAAAUAGAAGAGAAUCAUGGCACUUCGUUACGACGUAGCAGACGUGGUCAAUCAGUAUUCAUCGACAAUGGAGUCUUAUCCGAGAGAGAGAAAAUUGGUCAUCUCGAUGUCCACGUUGAACAGAAAGCUCCACUGACAAAGAAACAACUUAUAUUUUCAAAAUUACUACUUGAUGAAGAAAAUAAUUCGUGUAUAAGGAUUCAUGAAAAACGUAUGAGUUCUGAGAAUAGUAAAAUUGAAGUUCAGCCUUCAGAAGUUAUUAAACCUACAGAAGAGGUAGAUCUAGAUCAUAUCGAUAGCAAAAAACAUGCAGGAAGUAAACGUAAAAAAUCUCUUGAUCCGAAAUUUCAUAUCAAUGACAAAAAGAUUCGCUUGGAACAAUCUAAGAAACAAGGUGGAACACAAACUGGUGAGGUUGCUCAAGGUGUGGUACCGGUGGAGCAGUUUUUGAAAAAGUGUAGAGAAAGAUUUGAGAAAGCAUUAGAACCGCGGGUCACGAUUGUUAAAGAACCAAACAUUCCCCUAGAAGAUUCUUCAAAGACUAGUGUGAUAAUAAACUUUGAUUCGCCUGAAAGUCCUUCUGAAUACGGCACUGAUUCUAGCUUUUAUGACGAUCAUUCGACCAUAAGAUAUAGACAAUUACGGCAACUAAGAGAAAAAAGGAAACGUGAGAAUUUUACCACAUUAGAAUUGCCCUCGCGUUGUAGACAAAAAAAACCGAGAGUAAGUAACAUUGAAACGAAGUUAUCAAGGCUUUGCGAUGACGUAUCAGACACAGAAAGUAGCUGUAACCGAAAAUAUGUAAGCAAAAAUUUCCCGAUAUCGGAAACACAUACAACCUGUUACAAUAGAUCAAUAGCUUCGAGAAGUACUCGUUCCAAAUCUUUUGCUUUAAAACCUCCAGAAACAGCAACGCACGAUCCUUAUGACAUUGAUAUGGACGAUAUGAUUGAAAAACCGCCGACUACAACCAAGAAAAAACUAAAAGAAAAAAGUAAAAAACAUAAACACACUGUAGCAAAACAAUACACAAGCCAAUCACAUAAUAGAAAGUGUACUAAAGGUGUCCCAAAAGAAACUGCUACUGAUUCAGACGAAUCUUCUAAAAGUGACGUUCCAUUGCAAAAAUAUGUGGACGAAAAAGAAAAGAAAUGUUCCGACGAAAGCAAGAACGGUGCUACAGAAGAAAAUCAAAAUGCGGAGCUAUCCAAGAGAAAUGAUGAAAGGGAUAAUCAUUCAAAACGAAAGUCGAUUUGCAUUUUUUCCAAUCUUGAUCGCGGUGAGCCUGCCGACGAAACGGAACAACAACUUCGAUCUGAACAAUUUAUGGAAAGUUUUGGGUUUUUCUCUGAACGAAAACCACGUAAAUCCAAUUUGCUGGCGUCUAAAAAAAUUGCUGAGACUUUUCAUAUCAUCGCCAAUGCAAGUGACGAUGUGUAUUUCGGACACAAAGAAAGAACUUCCAAGAAAACAGCUCACGAAACAAAAAAACCUACACAAAAUAAUAUAAAAGCUUGUCAUUCAACAGCUAAAACAUUGACAAAGCGCGGACGAAAAAAGAAAGAAAUAUCAUUAUUACCGUGUGUUUGCAAAUUAUGUCGAAAAGAAUUCAGACGACCCGAUAAUUUUUUACGACACCAGAUGACUUUAUUCCAUGUUUCAAGAUUAUCACAAUUAGAACUAAAAUUCAAAACACUGCCAAUAUCAGAAGAACCAAAUUAUUUACUCAUAUACAAACAGCACAUUGAUCGGCUUAAAGUUCUAGCUGCCAAACUAAAGCGCAAAAAGAAGACUCCGCCUAAAAUGGUCAUGCCGAACAUUAACGAAGUUAUUGCAGAAUUUAAGCGAAACUUAAGACAGCAAGAAGUCGGGAACCGAGAACUAAGUCGCGAUGAAGUAUUGUUCUUAGAUUGCUGUGAAAUGCUUAAAGAAUCUUCAAACACUUUCGAUUUCAGUAAGACAAAUACAAUCGGAAGUUCUGCAGCGAACACAUGCGUAAUAUGUCCUGCUUCUGCAGUAACAGAAUUAGAGAUGAGAACGAGACAGCUCUGUGAGGAUACAAGAAGCGACGGCGACGUCGAUUCUAUAACCGCCAGAAAUAUUUUAGAGAGCGAAGAAGUUCGAAACUUAGAGAAUGAUUUGAUUUCGGGAUUAAAAGAAGCCGCUACUGCGAAUGCUAAUAAACUUGGAAAUGCAGCUUAUCAUGUAGUCAAUAACAAAACACAACCGCCUGUCGAAACGCUAUCCAUACCAAUAGAUAGAAAUGUCAUGACAAACAAUGAAAUUCCUUCCGAACCUGUGAUUAUUGCUUCAACUUCCAACGAUAAUGUUGCUAUAAAAGAUAACAAAGCUAAAAAGCCUGAAGUAAAAGAAAAAAUGUACCCAGACAUAAUUGAAAGUAUUGACAUGUUUGAAGAUAAAUUUGAUAAAAUUAAAAGAAAAUGUAGAUCUCAGGCGGCAGCUGCUAAACAAUCACAACCUGUCGCAGAACCAGUUCCAACAGUUCGAAAAAGAGUAAAUAAAAGAAAAACGAAAAAAUAUGUCAAGAAAUCAAAGAGAAGAUCAUUUCGGACCAAAGGACAGCUAAAAGGAUUUGACGGAAUCAAGGUUUCAGAAUCUACUACUACUACUACUGCUGCUACUACUGCUACUACUGCUACUACUGCUACUGCUACUGCUACUACUGCUACUGCUACUUCUGUUACUAAUAUAAACACCACAUUAAGUAGCAGUAGUACAACUUCUACUGAGAAAGUAAAGAAAAAGAAUAAAAAGACAAACAGUAAAAAGAAAAAGGAUAAACGAGAAUCGGAGAUUAGCAGCAAGACCGAAAUAGCUCAUCGAACCAAGGACCCUAACCAGAAAAAAGUAGAUGUUUAUGAAUUUAUGGAUAAUGAAGAUGCUGAAGUAUUCGACUUUCGACCAUCAACCCUAAUGGAACGAUUUAAAAGCAUCAGCAAGGAGACACCUAGCACAUCUAAACCUGUGAUCGAUGAAAUUAUAAACGACAGUGUUUCUGACGGUGACGACUUCGUCUAUAUGUCGGACGACUAUGUAUGCAGUGAGGAUGAAACUGAAAACAGUUUAUCGUGUGAAAUAGCUAACACUAAAAGUGGAAACGAGAUUAAAAAGACUACAUCACCCUUAAAGAGAAGAGAUGCAACCGAGAAAAAUGCUGUUAUGGGAAAAAUCUUCAAGCAUAAUGCGGUUCGAACUGAAAGAAAAAGCACUAAACCUAAAGAAUCAUCUAAAUCUAAAGCUAAUUUGGACAAACUUUUUGAUAGUCUCCUCGAAGAUGAGCCCAUACCAUCCACAUCAAAUCAAAGUUCUUCAACCCUGAUAAAUGAUUCUAUUUCAUCUAAAAACGAUGAAUUCGAACCGCCAGAGCCGCUUAAUGUAGCAAUACAUAGCGACUCUUCUUUAGAUAAAUUCAUGAUGACUUCAUCGUAUACACAAUCCACGAAAUGUAGUACUGAAAACACUAAAAAAUCUAACAUUGAACGAACGAGUAAAUGUAGCGACGUCGUUGAUUAUGGUCCGUCGACAUCUAAAAAGUAUGACUUCUCAAGUACCAACAGAGCGUCUACAGAAGAAAAGCUGAAUACGAUCAUUACGUCGGAAGUUCCUUACUCAACACCAAAGAAACAUGAUAAACACCACAAAAAGUCCCAUCGUAAAUCCAAUGAAUCACAAUCGAACAACUGUGACGGUCCACCUAAACAAGAGUCCAAAAACAAGAAUAAGCUGCGAGAUCCAUCUCCGCAGAAUAACAAAAGACAAGUAUUUGACAAAAAAACAAAUAACAGAUACCCUAAGAAUUAUAAUUGUAACGAUAGUGAACUUGCUUAUAAAUUGCACUGUCUCUUUGACGAAUCGCCUGAAUCGGAUUUCUCUACUGGCGUUGCGAGGCAGCGUGCACGUCGGAAGUGUACAGUCGGAAAACAAAAUAUAUUAGCUGAAACUUGGAGUUCAGAAUCGGAGCCGGAAGAUCAUCCGAUGCGUCCAAACAGCGCAGAGUCGACAGAGAACAGACGUAAAAAGAAAAACAGGAAAAGGGAGGGGCAUCACUCGAGCGGGCGCCGGAGCAAACACAUAACUUUCAAAAAGCACGACUCCGAGAGCAGGGUAUCUAGUAAUAAUCGUAAGUUGUCGAGCUGCAGCGGCGGACGGAGAUUUAGCGGGAGGAUUUCUACAGACGAGGAGAGCAGUGACGAGGAGCCGGCUAGAGUGCGCAGUCCGAUGGGACCGAAGGUACGUGCGCGCGCUCUCCCCUACUACCACUGGUCAUCAGACGGAGACGACGAACCCGGGCAUCCCCAACAACACGGCUGGAUCGUGGGCGAUAGCCACAAGAAACUAGUGACGAUGUUAGCGCACGCCAAGGGCCGCAAUCGUAAUAACGACGAUAAACGGCAUUUGAUCGAUUAAUCUUAAUUUCCUUUUAACGUUCUAAUCGUUCUGUAUAUAUUUUUGUAGAUAUGAUUGUCACUUUCACUUUUUCGUAAGUCAUUUUUACAAAAUUUCGAUCAUUCUUGAAAUUAAGAUUUUAUUGAGUUUAGUUUUUGUAAAUACCUUUAUUGAAGUACGUUUAGAGGAUAUCAAGAUUUUAUUAAUAAUAUUUUAGUUGAAUACGAAUGAGCUUGUGUAACGAGAGGUAACGUUACUUUAAUUUCUCGCAGUAAAACUUUUUAGUAGUUGCAUAUUAAAAUUAUACCUUAUUAAUAUGGAUGUCGUAUUUUCAAGUUCUUAUAAUAUUCAUAAUUAAAAUGUAGAUAAGUAGUAAGUUAGACUAAGGGGCAUUUCGUUUAGACCUCUACGAUAGUACAUUGCAUUUGCGCAACACUGCCUAUUUGUAUUACUUAGCUUAAUGUAAUAAUUUGCAAGUCGUAUUGUACCGCGUUACCAAUCGAAGUAGAUUUUAAAUUAAAUGUAGGUGUUUAAACUUUUAAUCAAAAUAUAUAUUGUUUUAUUUUUCGUUGGUGUAUAGGACUGAUUAUAAUUUUAAAAAUCUAAAUUUUAUUUCGUUUUCAUUAGCACAAAGAGAGAUUUAGCAAAAAUUUUAAUAUAACACUAAACGUAUAUAAUCAUAUUAUUAUAAUCGUAUUAAAGUAGGUGUGCUGAUUCUGCAUGUGUAAUGCCCCUUCCCAUUUUCAUGUGAAAGUAAUGAGUCUAUAACCGAUAAUUGCAUAAUGGUUAUGUAUAAGUAUAAUGUAUGUGUAUUUUAACUAUAGUCGUAUAAUAAUAUCAAUGUUCUCGGUUUUUAGUAGUAAUUAAACGUGGUAUUGUACGUAGUGUAUGCAUCCAUUUUUACUUAGUUUUUCUUUUUUUGUGUUCGAUCAACGGCGACAUCUCGCGCCAGGAGGCUGAUCACGGUCUCAAGUUCGUUUUUCGUAUUCUCUCGAUUUUAUAUUUAUUUGUUAACUAAUUUUAAACGUAAUAAGACUUCUAUUAGUCUGUAAUCAUAAACAUGAAAUCUCAUGCAUUCGUUGUGUUUUUUUUUUUUUUUAAUAAUCUAGUCCAAUAAAUAAAGAUUAUAAAAAACAUAUAUUAUAUCAGCCUCCCAAAUUUUUGUGAUUUUUUCAUAUUAUAUCAAGUAUAGUAGUUUUACUCUCGCGUUUAUAAAUGUACGUUUAUUUGCUUAAAUGCAUUGUCUUUAUUGUUUAAUGGAUGGAAGUAAACAAUUUUAUUCUUAAAUAAAGCUCAAUGUUCAAAA